GAUGAAAAGCAUUCAGUUAUAGCAUAGUGUGCAUAGUGCAUGUUUCAUUGUCAAGGCAAUAAGAUAGCCGUUUCUCGGAAUAGUUUGAUCACGAAAAUAGUUUCCGAUUUGAAGUUUCGGCAUAGUUUCCGAUUUUAAUAAUAAUUAUUAAAAGUAAUAAAAAAGUCCGAUUGAACGUUUUUACGAAAUAUUAACGUAAAUGUAAAUUAUUUAAAUAAACAAUAGAUUGUGAAAAUUAUUUCGCCGAUAAAAGUGAUAAAAAAUAGCAACAACCAGCAAUAUUCUUUGCACACAUAAUUAAACCAAUUAUCAUUAUUGCAAUGGAGAUUUCUACUCUGCUCUUAACUAUCCUCACGGCAAGUGUUUGUUUUUACUAUUUCAUUGUGAGCAAGUUAUCUCAUUUUGAGCAGCUGAAGAUUCCGCACGUGCGACCAAUUCCGUUGCUGGGCAAUAUGGUUUCUUACAUUUUUGGACACAAGUCCUUGAUGGAUAAUUUAGGCAGUAUAUCCAAUUUGUUUCCUGACGCAAAGUACUUUGGAUUUUAUGAAUUUAUGAGACCUACCUAUGUGAUCCGCGAUCCGGACUUAAUCAAUACAAUUGCUAUCAAACACUUUGAUAAUUUUUGCGACCACCUUAAUUUCACUAACGAGGAAAUUGAACCAAUGGCAAGCAAAAACCUGUUUGGUCUGCGAGGCGAUCAUUGGCGCGAAAUGCGAAAGCUCCUCAGUCCUAGCUUCACGUCCAGCAAAAUGAAAAUGAUGUUUGGAUUAAUGUGCCAGUGUGCUGACAAUUUCGCUAAUUUUCUGGCCACCGAAUCCGGGAGUACUGGCAAAACUUAUGAUAUGAAGAAUGUGCUGAGCAGAUAUGCAAACGACGUCGUAGCUACGUGCGCUUUUGGAAUCAGCGUGGACUCGUUCAAGCAUCCGAAGAAUGAAUUCUUUCUGCUAGGCAAAACUCUAAUAUUUAACACAUGGAUGUCUUUUGUAUUUCUUAUGCAUAGAAACUUUCCGAAAAUUUCAAAGUUUAUCAAUCUAAGAAUGUUUGGUUCGAAAGUGGACAAAUUCUUCAAGGAUGUCGUCACUAGUACAGUAAAGGCAAGGGACGAGCAGGGGAUUAUUCGACCUGAUAUGAUUCAGCUAAUGAUGGAGACUAGAGACAAAAAUCAUGGCCCCGCAUUCGACAUCGACGAGAUGACUGCACAAGCAUUCGUCUUUUUUCUGGGCGGAUUUGAUACCGUGUCGACGAUCAUGUCUUUUGCGGCGCACGAGGUCGCUGUCAAUCCUAAUAUACAGAGCAAGUUGAGAGAGGAGAUCGACGAUGUCCUCAAGAUGACCAACGGCAAACCUACAUACGAGGCAAUCAACAACAUGAAAUUAUUGGACGCAAUUAUAAACGAAACUCUAAGACUUUAUCCUCCAGGAUUUUUUAUCGAUAGAUUGUGCGUUAAAGAGUUCGAAUUACCAUCAGCGACGCCAAAUAGUAAAUCGGUCAUACUUAAGCCCGGAGAUAAUAUUUGGUUUCCAGUUUUUGCUUUACACCGUGAUUCUAAAUAUUAUUCACAGCCGGAAAAGUUCGAUCCAGACAGAUUCCUGAAUGACGAAGUAGAUAAUUCAGUUUACAUGCCAUUCGGUAUUGGGCCCAGAAUUUGCAUAGGUAACAGAUUCGCCAUAAUGGAAACAAAAAUUAUGCUGUUUUAUCUUUUAUGGCAUUGCGAUGUUGAACCCGACACUAAAACCACGAAUCCUAUGGUAUUGAAUAAAAGGUCGUUUGUCGUGAUGCCAGAAAAUGGGUUCUGGUUAAAAUUGCGGACGAGGAAAUCGACGGUUCCUGUCGCGUAAUUCUUGUCGAAUCGAUAUUGAAUUUAGAAUAUCUAUAUGUAAUAAUGUUUACUUCAAAAAAAGGUUAUAGAAUUAUAUUUAAAAUAGUCUCUAUGAAUAGUCUCUAUGAAUUAUUAUGUAUUUAAAGUGCCGUAAUUAUGGAUAUGAUGUAUAUGAUAAUAGUAUCAUGCAGGGCAAUAAGUAACAUUUUUUAAUAAAAUUAGUUCAGUUUUUUAUGUCGCAAUAAAGACUUGCGAAUUGUUGGUAAAUCAAUGUUCUUUCUUUAUAAAAAGUAUCUGAGAAAAAGUGUAUAUGUAUACACUAAUCUUAAUAUUUUUCUACGUAAAAUGAAGAAGUUUCUUGACACUUAAUUUUUAAUUUAAGUAUUAAACAUAAAAGAAGCUAAGAAUAAAAAGUUGUUUUGCAGCUGAUAUAUAUCUUUUACUUUGACAAAUGAAAUAAGACAUUAUAUUAUAUUAAUUAAUUUUUGGAGUAUUAUGAAUGAUCUUAUGAAUUAUAACAAUCAUAAUAUUUUAUUAGUUUUGAUAUACAG